AUGCCCACCAAGCUGAUGCUGUCCUUUGUGGCCAUGGACUUUCUCUUCGCCGGUUGCGGAGGGCUGUUGCUAGGCUUCGCCCUCAUGUCUGAGCAGUCGAUGCGAGCCACGCCGACAGUGGACAAUGUCACCAAAAACCUGUUGCUCGGCCAGUGUCCUUUGACAGCUGGUGUCGUCAAUGCAAUCUUCGUCUUUGUCACAUUUCUGCUUUCGCUACCCGCCCUUUUCCUUCCCAACAACCGAGGCUGGCUUCGUAUUAUGGGCUGGCUGGUAGUCGUAUGUGCAACCUUUACACUGGGUCUCGGUGUCGCCAUCUGGGUCGAGACACUCGGCACUCGUUCCAACCUCAACGUACUUUGGGGUGCCGAGACACCGCUUAUUCAGAGUCUCUUGCAGCAAAAGUUUGACUGCUGUGGCUAUUUCAACUCGACUUCGCCUCCCUUUGUCCAGGACCGCACAUGCCCAAACACGCUCGUUGCCGCCCAAAAGGGUGGUUGCAUUGGCAAGUUCUCUUCCUUUGCCAACAGCUACCUAGACCAAAUCUUCACCGCCGCCUUUGGUAUCGUCGGAAUCGAUACCAUUCUCGUCCUCUGUGUCGCCAUGGUCCUCAAGUACCGCACCGAACAGGAGCGUUACAGGCACAUUGACGAGAAGAACGGUCUUGGCGGUCUGUAG